CUCGAGCACGCGAUCCUUCCGAUUCUACCUUUCAUCAAGAGGCAGCUUAUUGCUUAUUCUGUUGUGGCAUUUUUGGCGGUCCUGGUAGUGGGGCUUCGAAUCGUGGCCCGGCUGGUGACGGGCUCGAGGUUAGGUUGGGAUGACUAUUUGAUCCUCGCCGCAGUGCCACAAGCCGUUGUGAUCUUGACCUGUGGUGGUCUAUGGUCCACAGCAGGGGCCGGCUAUCACAGAGAUGCUAUACCAGUCGAGAACCAGCAGUUCAUCUCAACCAUCUUCAUACCAUUCUCUCUCAUCUACGACAUGUGCAUCGUGACCACAAAGCUCUCGGUGCUUUCCUUCUACCUGCGUGUCUUCACGCACGGCAUCACGCGGCAGGCGACCAAGUACAUGAUGGUGCUCGUCGCCAUUUGGGGUUUGGGCAACUUCCUGCAGUCGCUGCUUGUCUGUCAUUUGCACGACGGCCACUUCGAGACCGGCAUUGGCCAGUGCAAGAACAAGACGGCGAGCUCCGUCGCCUCGGGCAUUUACAACUGCACCACCAACAUGAUCAUCAACUGCCUGCCCCUCUUCACCAUCUGGUCGCUCAAGACGGUCAGCGUGUCGACCCGCCUCGGCCUGUCUGGGGUCUUCCUGCUUAGUCUU